UGCGCUCUCGUCAGUUCCGCAUGGGCUGCCCAGCAUGUAGCGACGGCAACACCCACUAUCGAGGCAUCCAUCGGCUAUGAAUGCCUUAACAGUGUACCUAUCGCUAAGGACGCCGCCAUCAAAUUUAUCAACGAAAUUGUGCCCUAUCUCGAGUGGCAAUCGGACACGGCCUUUAAGAAGAACCCUCCAGCAGAUUACUCCUUUCCCGGCCAUGACUUAUGGGAAACAUUAUAUAGCGUCAGGGAAAAUCUCGAGGCUGAUACGUAUUCUAAUGAGUACUCUUGGCAAGCAGAUCUGUAUAAUACCGUCUUUGGCCCGGCACAUGACGGCCACUUUGUUAUCUAUACCGAUCUAUUGACUAGUGCCCUCGAAUGGGGCCGACCGUGGGCUCUGGUCUCCAUCAGCGAAGACGGCACCUCCUUGCCCGUUAUCAAGGUCUAUAACGACGCUAUAUCUUCAGAUACUGCUUCCGUUGUCAAGCUUAUCAACGGCGUUGAUGCAGCUACGUAUCUCGAAGGGUGGAUUUCUAAGGCCUCGGGCAGCAGGGACAUCGACUCCGCCUACAACUCCCUGUUCUUUUCGAAAGCUUAUAACCAGAGUGGCAGCCAGGGUCUCUUCAAGAACGCAGGCCGUAUCCGAUACGUUUACCCGGGCCCGGAUACCAGGCUUACCUUCAAGAAUGGCACCGAGGCUACUCUGCCUAACGUUGGCAGGAUAAAGGGCAACUGGUCUGGCGUUACUGACGGGCUCUCAUUCUUUACAAAGUUCGUUUCGGGAGCAAUCAAUGUUGCGACCAGCACCGCGACUUUUACGACUAUUGCAACUACAAUAACAACUUCCACUGCUACUGCUACCGUGGCCUCCACUGCGACGACAACUGCGACCGCAACAGUCACACCCGCUAUCAGUCCCUUGCCUGGCUAUCCUAGUGACCCUGUCGUCCUCUCGUCUGACCAAGUAGUAUCAGGCUAUUUCCUGGAUGGCGAUUUUGAAGACGUCGGCGUGCUAGUCAUGAAUUCAUUCUCUCCUGAUGAUCCCGUCGAGUUUCAGGAAAAAGUGCAAGAAUUCCUGGAGGCUGCAGUCGACGCCGGUAUCAAGAAACUAGUGCUUGAUGUUCAACUUAAUGGCGGUGGCUAUAUCUUCCAGGGAUACGAUACUUUCCGCCAGCUAUUUCCUGACAUCGUACAAAAGGGAACCGGUAGGUGGAGACGCUCGGCUGGCUUUAGCGCUAUAGCUCAAGUGUUCUCUGCAGCUUGUAAGGAUUACGAGCCCCUUACAGCUUCCGAAGACUUGAUUUAUACCUGCGAAAGCGUUUGGAACUGGCGAUAUGACCUCGAUUUUAACGAUGACAACUUCAGAUCGUUUGAAGAUAAAUUCGGCCCCGUCAAUUUUGAUGGUGAUAACUUCACCGACGUCAUGCAGUGGAACUUUAGUAACCCCGUCGAUACUAUCAAUACAACCUUUGGAAUCGGCUACGACGUGACCGGCUACGGUACUCGACGGAACUUUACCACACGUCCUUUUGGUGGCCCAGAGAAUAUUGUGCUCCUCCUCGACGGCUAUUGCGCCUCUACAUGUACGCUAUUCUCGCAAUUCCUUAAGUGGGAUGCAGGCGUCAAGUCAAUCGCGAUGGGCGGGAGACCCAAGGCCGGAGCUAUCGAAGGCGUUGGAGGCAUUAAGGGCUCGCAAUCCUUCUCCUUUUCUUCUAUCUACGCGGAGGUUGACCUCGCUCGUAGAGAGACUAACAAUACGGACCUCCUCGCCGAGUUCGAUCGUUACCAAGACUAUGUAUUCGACCGAGCCCGCACACUCACCUUAAAUGUUAAAGACGAAAUCCUUCCCCAGAACCUCGGGGACGGUAUCCCGGCCCAGUACGUGAAAGAGGAGGCAGAUUGCCGCUUGUAUUGGACCUUAGACAUGCAUAAGGAUAUCACAAAUCUUUGGAAGGCCGCCGCCUCGGCAGCCUUCAACGGCUCUCCUUGCGCCUAUGGUGGAUUCAACGAA